UACACCAGGAAAAGCUAAGGAACUCAUGAAAGAGGUUCAUGAAGGCACUACAACAAUUUUUUGUAUAUAUUACAUUAAAAAAUAGCAUAUAUUUAGAAGUGCUAUUAAUGGUGAGGGAUUAAAACCACACGGAAUAUAUUAUUUUGGCGCCAUAUGAAUAAACCUCAGGCGCCAAAUGAAUUUUUUUUUUUGAGGCUCAUCUGCCAAAUUUUAAUCCCUAAAUCUAAGUUACCCGAAAAAUUUCUCUCAGCCUCCAUCUCUCACUCUCGUCUCGUCUCUCCGCCUCACGAAGUCUCCAUCUCUCACUCUCGUCUUUGAGCUUCAUCUUUGAGCUAGCAACCCAUUCCCCUUCAUCACCGUUCAUCACCGCCUCACUCUCCAUCUCAUCUCUGAGCUUGAAUCCAAACACCUUCAUCACCGUUCACGAACCCAAACGCCUCAUACCCAGAAUACCCAGAUGGCUUCUCCUUCUCCGUAAUGGCUACUUUUUUCUUCUCAUACGGUCAGAGCAGGAGGAGACCUCAAGAUUGACCUGACUCUCUCUGGUUUUGUGGUGAAGAAGGACUUGUUCAUCGCUUUGUUGCUUCAGCGAAUGGACUGCGACAACGACAAAAGUGCGCAAUGGGGUUGGCAAAAGGAUAGUUAUUUCCAAAAGGAUCCAAAUUACGUCAUGUCUGAAGGUCUUUGGAAUGGAGUGGCUCAGAAUGAAGAAGAUAUUUCUUAUAUGUUUGAUGAGGAAAUAACCCCAGUUAAGGCCUGCAUGGAUUUGGAAUACCAUGUUGACCAUAAAGAUACUAUGAACAAGGAAGUUGAAGAAUGUAGGGAGUCCUUUUCACAAAUGAAGAGGCGCCGGAUGCUACAGUUUACCAAUGAUGACUUUGAUAACUCCCUUCUCUAUGAUGAGAUUUCUUUCGUCUUCCUUAAAUUAAAUGUUCAUUUGCAAUAUCCCUCUACAUUGGAUUGUCAUACUAAAAGCAUUUUAUAA